AUGAGGCAGAGAGCACCAAAGGAGGGUUUGGGGAGAUACCCCCAGAAGCUAGAAGAAGUAGAAGAGAGCGAGAGGAGAUCUGAGAUCCAGAGCCCAGCACCGGCCUGUCAUCUGCAAGUCAUCAAACCAUAUGAAGACUUUGAGUAUUUUAAAGAUGGGGACAUUAUAAUUGGAGGAGUUCUCACGGUGAAUAAUCAAAUGAGGAAUUUUUUUUUUGGACAGGAUCAUUUUUCCCCCAAACUCGUCUGUGUCGCCCCAGGCCUCAUGGAUUACAUCAAUUUACUGGUCUUUCUUUUCACCAUUGAAACAUUGAACAACGACCCAAACAUUUUACCAAAUAUUACCCUGGGUUAUCAUAUAUAUGACUCCUGUUUAGAUGAAAGAAAAGCUGUGAAAAGCAUUCUUCAGAUUUUGUCUGGCCGCGGCAUGACCGUCCCUAAUUACUCUUGUGCGAAUUCUAACAACGUGGCUGGAUUUAUUGGCGAUCACCAUUCUACUACUACCAUUCCCAUAGCACAGUUACUAGGGGUGCAUGGAUACGCACAGAUCAGUUAUGGAGCGACAGACUAUGCACUGAGUGAUAGACGUGUUUAUCCGCAUUUCUUCCGCUCUGUUCAAAAUUAUCUUGUCUAUAAUAAAAUUAUAUUGAAGAUUCUAAAACAUUUCGGAUGGACCUGGGUGGGAAUACUCGCGGUUGAUGAUGACACCGGAGAGACAGAGAGUCAGGCUCUGAGAGCGUAUCUGACAAGUUAUGGAAUUUGUAUUUCCUUCACUGUAAAAAUUAGUUUAUCACAAGAACUAUCUGAAAAUAUGAAAAUGAUUGGGAAACGUAAAUUAUUUGUUAAAGAUCAUCUGAAUGUUGGUGUUUCUCCUCGGGUGUUUAUUUCAGUCCUGGCGGGUCAAGGCGUGGACUCCACCACACUGAACGUCUGCUGUUGUAUCUGGCACCAAGACGUUAGCAACAGAUGGGGCCUCAAUGGAUGCAUCCUGGUGCUAUGUUUUCUCCAGUUGCAUCGCUAUAUAAAAAGGAUAACAUCUGCAUCUCAGUUGGGCCGCACAUUAUACGAUGAACAUGGAGAAUUUGCAUACCAUUACAUAAUUACAAACUGGGUGUUUUUAUCAAAUAAGUCUGCAUUUAGAAACAUUGUGGGUAACUUCACUGAGUGGGCUCCAGAUGGUCAGCAGCUAAUCAUUGACUCGCAUUUAGCAAUAUGGAGGAACAAAGACAACCAGAUUCCAAGGUCUCAGUGUUCAGAGAACUGUUUGCCUGGAUAUCGAAAAGUUCUGAGACCUGGAACACAAAUCUGCUGCUACGACUGUGUCCGGUGCUCAGAGGGAGAGAUAUCCAACAGAUCUGACAGUGAAAACUGCAUUGUUUGCCCAAGUGAUAAAUGGUCUAAUGAGAAAAGGGAUCGAUGUAUUCCAAAAUCGGUGGAGUUUCUAUCAUAUUUGGAUGCAGUUGCUGCUGUUUUAUCCUUUGUAUCAAUUCUGUUUUGUCUUGUAACUGUUGUAAUAUUACUGAUCUUCAUUGUCUUCAGAGAUACCCCAAUUGUGAAAGCCAAUAACAAGAACCUCAGCUUCCUCCUCUUGGUCUCCAUCAUGCUGAGCUUUCUCUGUGUGUUUCUGUUCCUCGGUCGUCCUGAGGAUGUAACCUGCAUGCUGCGCCAAACAGCUUUUGGAGUCCUCUUCUCAUUAGCCGUGUCUUGUAUUUUAAGCAAAACAAUCAUGAUCUAUAUUGUUUUCAAAGCCGCGAAACCCGGCAGCUCCUGGGCAAACUGGGUCAGUGUGAAAGUCUCCAAUUCUAUAGUACUGCUCUGCUCAUCCAUUCAAGUUAUCAUUAAUAUUUCCUGGUUGGCCAUUUCCCCCCCAUUUCAGGAGCUGGACAUGCACUCUUAUCAGGGAAAGAUCAUCGUUCAGUGUAAUGAGGGCUCGGUUAUUGCCUUCUACAGUGUCCUGGGUUAUAUGGGGCUCCUGGCAGCUCUUAGUUUUAUUAUAGCUUUUUUAGCCAGGACAUUACCGGACAGUUUUAAUGAGGCCAAGUACAUCACCUUCAGCAUGCUGGUGUUCUGCAGCGUUUGGAUUGCGUUGAUCCCGGCCUAUCUGAGCACCAAAGGGAAGAACAUGGUGGCCGUAGAGAUUUUUGCCAUAGUGGCUUCAAGUGCAGGACUUCUAGGAUGUAUAUUUAUUCCAAAAUGCUAUGUAAUUCUUUUUAGACAGGAAUUGAAUACAAAAACAUAUUUACUUGGAAGCAGAAUUAAAGGUUUAACCAAAUAG